AAGAACAGCAGACACCAAAUUUAUACAAGAAUCUCUCUCAUAAUCAUAACUCAUACAACAUGUUUAUGCAACAAUUGGAAUUCAGAUCAUUGCAUAGCCAUAGACUAUAGAGGUUCCAUUGCUGGACCCACCUUGACCUUUCACACUCUGUUGUUGUAGACAAAAACAAACUCUGUGAUCUCCAACAUCACCACCACCAUCAUCAUCAACAUGUCGAAACAGACUUACAGUGUCUGCUUCUGCUGGCGGCGGCGGUUCAAGCUAGCUCUGGCGGAGGCGCCACCGGAGAUCAAGACCCUUUUCGAUCAGUACUCAGAGAAUGAGCUCAUGACAGCUUCACAGCUUCAAAGAUUCUUAGUUGAGGUGCAGAGGCAAGAGAAGGCCACUGAAGAGGAAGCACAAGCCAUCAUCGAUAGCUUCAAGCAUUUCCAUCGAAAGGGUCAUGGUCUCAACCUUGAAACUUUCUUCAAGUACCUUUUUGGUGACAGCAACCCUCCUCUUGUUCCUUCUCUUGGGGUGCACCAUGAUAUGACUUUACCCAUGUCUCAUUACUUCAUAUAUACUGGCCAUAAUUCCUAUCUAACUGGGAAUCAGCUGAGCAGCGACUGCAGUGACAUCCCCAUCGUAAACGCACUGAAGAGAGGUGUGAGGGUGAUUGAAUUGGACUUAUGGCCUAAUGCAUCAAAGGAUAAUGUCGAUGUUCUUCACGGAAGGACAUUGACUACUCCGGUAGAACUCAUCAGAUGUUUGAGGUCUAUUAAGGAACAUGCAUUUGUUGCAUCAGAAUUUCCAGUUGUAAUAACCUUCGAAGACCACCUUACUCCAGAUCUUCAGGCUAAAGUGGCUGAGAUGGUUACUCAAACAUUUGGAGACAUAUUAUUUUCUCCUAGCUCAGAAAGCGUGAAGGAAUUUCAUUCUCCUGAAUCACUUAAAAGGAGGAUUAUUAUAUCAACCAAACCACCAAAGGAGUACCUUGAGUCAAAAGAAAAGGAAAAAGGGGAUGAUUCUCUUCAGGGAAACCCUUCAGGUGAUGAAGAAGCUUGGGGGAAGGAAGUCCCAAGCUUGAGAAGUGGUUCCAUAUCUGAUUACAAGGAAAUUGAUGCGGAUAAAGAAGAUAUUAAUGAUGAGCAAGAUCUAGAAGAAGCAGAUAAAUCACAUCAUAAUGUAGCUCCGGAAUAUAGACGUUUAAUUACCAUUCAAGCUGGGAAGCCUAAAGGUGGAUUAGAGGCAUGGUUCAAAGUCGAUCCUGAUAAAAGGACUCGUUUAAGUUUAAGUGAGCAACAGCUUGAAAAGGCUGUUUUAACUUAUGGAAAAGAAAUUGUCAGGUUUACUCAGCGGAAUAUAAUGAGGGUGUAUCCGAAAGGCACUCGCAUUGACUCGUCAAAUUUUAACCCAUUAAUUGGGUGGAUGCAUGGAGCUCAAAUGGUUGCAUUUAACAUGCAGGGGCAUGGUAGAUCACUUUGGUUGAUGCAUGGAAUGUUCAGAGCCAAUGGACGGUGCGGUUAUGUUAAAAAACCAGAUUUUCUACUAAGUACUGGUCCAGAUAAUGAGGUCUUCGAUCCAAAAGCUAAGUUACCUGUGAAGAUCACUUUGAAGGUGACUGUGUAUAUGGGAGAAGGAUGGUAUUAUGAUUUCAAGCAUACACACUUUGAUAAAUACUCACCUCCAGACUUCUACACAAGAGUGGGGAUUGCUGGUGUCCCUAAUGAUACCAUAAUGAGAAAAACUAAGGCAAUAGAGGAUAGUUGGCUACCUUCAUGGAAUGAGGUAUUUGAGUUCCCGCUUACAGUUCCGGAAUUGGCGCUGCUUCGCAUAGAAGUUCAUGAGUAUGACAUGUCUGAAAAGGAUGACUUUGGUGGGCAAACAUGCCUACCAGUGUGGGAGCUAAGAAGUGGCAUUCGAGCAGUUCCCUUGCACAGCCAUAAGGGAGACAAAUACAACUCUGUAAAGCUUCUUAUGCGCUUUGAAUUUUAUUGAUUGUGAAUGCUUUUUUUCUACAUUAUGUACAGUGCAUGUUUGGAAAUCCGUCUGUGGUUGAAAGAAGCUUCUGUGAGUAGCUUCUAGGUGCCAUAAUUGAUUUUGAGGAAAGAAAAACUAUAAACAUGCUAAGAUAUGCUAGUAAGAGUUUGAAUUUAGUAGCUGGAUGGUAUGAUGAAUGGUGCUUGUUGAAAAGUACUCAGAAAUAAAAUGUUCUGUGUGUGAUUUUGUUGUAA